GCAAAUGAUUAAGAAGCCUAGGAACCCACUGAAAGAAACGUUCAGUCACCAGGAGUCGAACAAAGCUGUCCAUUUACUACUCUGUGGAAUAGUCAGGAGAUUUUCACGCUAUGUUAAUUGAGGAGCGUAUAGUAACACUUUUCAAAAGAAACUGUCAUCAUACACUGACGUACUGGAGUUUGUUCUGGAGUUUUGGACUUAGCAUAGCCUUCCUGGGGCCUACAAUCCUAGAUCUGAAAUGCCAGACGGGUUCCACGUUACGAGAGAUCACCUGGGUGUUCUUCUCACAGCAGUUCUGCCUGCUCAUCGGGAGCUCCACUGGAGGGAUUUUCAAAAAAACGUUGAUCAGUGCCCUCACUGCUCUCUUUCUAUCUGCCCUCAUCAUCUCUGUGGUUUUUGCUAUCAUCCCACUUUGCUAUAAUGUGCUGUUGCUGGCCGUUGCUAUGGCAGUGUCAGGCCUGGCCAUGGGCAUCAUUGACACUAUUGCAAACAUCCAACUGGUGUCCAUUUAUCAGAAGGACUCUGCUAUCUUCCUGCAGGUACUGCACUCCUUCAUUGGGCUUGGUGCUCUGGUGAGCCCACUGAUUGCAGACCCAUUCAUAUCAGGGCACUGCCCGAGCAGGAACAGCACAGAAAAUGCUACAGAGAUUUUUCAGCACUUCAGAUACAGCCUGACUGCCAGCUUCAGGUCACCAGUGAUCCUUGAAAAUUCUCCACACACCGGACCAUUUGAGGAGAAGGCCAGUGUGUCAUAUGCCUUCUGGAUUAUGGCCCUCAUAAAUCUGCCUGUGCCUAUUGCAGUUCUUGUGUUGAUGUACAGAGAGAAGCUGCUUCCCUUUUGCCCAAACAGCACUCCACAGCUGCUGGACAAGGAUGAAUUAGCCAUGGAAACUCAGGCACCAGGGAGCACAGAGACGCCUGAUCCAAGUGCUGAAGUUACAGGACAUGGAGAUCUCUUUAGCUGCUGUAUGAACGAAGACCUACGUGGGUUACCCGUCACAUUUUUUGGUAUCCACAUCUUGGGCGGUCUGGUCCUGCUUAUGACAGAAGGUUUAAUGGGGGUCUUUGCUGGCUUUAUUUACACAUACGCUGUUUCAGCUCCUAUGUCACUGCAAGCUAAAAUGUCAGCAUACCUGAACUGUGUCUUCUGGGCAGCUGUCACAGCUGGACGGCUGGUGUCAAUCCUAUUAUCAUACCGCUUCAAACUGGUCCACCUGCUCAUGAUCAACCUGGCUGGUGUGAUUGUAACAGUGCUGCUGUUGCUGAUCCUCUCUACAAACAAAGUGUUUCUCUUUGUGGGCACAGCCUUGGUUGGUCUUUUCCUCAGCAGUGUUUUCCCUUUCAUGCUGGCUUACACUGAGGACAUCCUGGAUUACCAGGGAUGUGCAACACCUGUCUUAGUGACCUUUGCUGGAAUGGGUGAGAUGUCCAUGCAGGUGUUGGUUGGAUCACUGAUUCAAACAGAAGGCAGUUAUAGUUUUAUGGUGUGUAGCAUGGUCCUCGGCUGCCUUGCCUUUAUCCUCCUCCUUGCUUUGAUCAUGUGCCACCACAUUCACAGAAAUCUCACAGGAACUUCUAAAAAAGCUGCUAUGGUAGAAGACCCACCAGUGCCCACUGUAGCACCUGCUUCAGAGAAAGCAGUGAUAGAAUGUAAACUUGCUGUAAUACAACCAGAACCAACAACACAAGACUCUAUAUGAAACUCUUCAUGGUUCAUAACAAGCUGGAACAUCUUUAAGAGAUAGUUCACCCAAAAAAAGAAAAUUCUGACAUUAUUUACCCUGAUUCUUUCCCAAGCCCAAACAUUCUGCCUAACAUCUCCUUUUGUGUCAAUUAAAGUCAUACAGUUUUGGAGCAACCUGAUGGUGAGGAAAUAACAAGAUAAUUUUCAUUUUUGGGUGAACCAUCCCUUUCACUGUUCUGUUAAACUGUAAACAUUGAAAGCAAAUGAGCUUGUAGUUUCAUCAUAUUUGUGUAAAAAAAACCUUUGCAAUAUAAUAGAAACACUGAUGCAAUAUAAACUUUGUGUAUUCUACUAAGUUUGUUAUUAUCUAUUAUUGUGUUGUUUUGUGUUUGUUUUAAAGUUUGCAAAAAUAAUUCUGUUUAUUUGAUUAUUGUUUUUAAUUAUACAAAUUAUUGAAACAAAAGACUGUCAAAUGUGAUAAAUUGUUAAGUUCUGUUGAGAUGAAUUUAAGGCAUAAAAAGUGAAAUAUAAAUAAAAUUGACCC